AUGCACUCAGAGCGUCGACAGAGUACACAGCCGUCUACGUUCGCGGGGAAGUGGAAGAGUUCGUGGUCCCGGGCGCCCUCGGGGUACAUCGCGCGGUCCCGGGCGCCCACGCGGGACAUCGCGCGGUCCCGGGCGCCCACGCGGGACAUCGCGCGGUCCCGGGCGCCCACGCGGGACAUCGCGCGGGCCCGGGCGCCCGCCGCUGGCUUCGCGGGGCCCGGGGCGCCCGCCGCUCGGAUCGCGGGGCCCGGGGCGCCCGCCGCUGGCACCGCGGGGACCGGGGCGCCCGCCGCUGGCUUCGCGGGGACCGGGGCGCCCGCCGCUGGCACCGCGGGGACCCGGGCGCCCGCCGCUGGCACCGCGGGGCCCGGGGCGCCCGCCGCUGGCACCGCGGGGACCGGGGCGCCCGCCGCUCGGAUCGCGGGGACCGGGGCGCCCGCGAGGAGCAGUCCGCCGUCCCGGCCGCCCGCGAGGACCAGUCCGCCGUCCUGGUCGCCCGCGUAA